AUGAAAUCCACUCAGCUGGCCGGCAGCAUCGCUGUGUCGCUUGCGGAUGUUUGCACAGUCUCGCACGUGCAGUCCUCCCUGCCUUUGGAUGCUUUCACCGGACUGGAGAUCAAGACCUGCUCGGUGACCGCCAGCCCCGUCUACAACGUCUCCGUGAGCGACCAGACCUUCUACCCGGACGGCACCUUCGACUACUGCAACGUGACCUUCGCCUACUCGCACGCAGGCCGUGAUGACUCCAUCCUGCUCGGCCUCUGGCUGCCCGCCCCCGAUGCCUACCAGAACCGGUGGUUGUCCACGGGCGGUGGUGGCUUCGCCAUCAACUUGGAUGGGGAUUUGAUGCCUGCCGGUCUCCUCUACGGCGCCGCCGCCGGUAUUACGGACGGAGGGUUCGGGGCCUUCACGACCGACCUGGACGCCGUAUUCCCCAGCGCUAACGGCACGAUCAACUGGGAUGCGGUCUACAACUUCGGCUACCACACCAGACUCUACUCCUAUUACAUGGGCUGCUCCGAGGGCGGCCGCGAGGGCUGGAGCCAGGUGCAACGGUUCCCCGAGGAGUGGGAUGGCGCUAUUAUCGGAGCGCCGGCGAUCCGAUAUGGCCAGCAGCAGGUCAACCACCUGUUCCCGAACGUGGUCGAAAAGACGCUGGGCUACUACCCCCCGCCCUGUGAACUGGAGAAGAUCAUGAACCUAACGAUCGCCGCCUGUGACGAGCUGGACGGCAGAAAAGAUGGCGUCGUCGCGCGGACUGACCUCUGCCAGCUGCACUUCGACCUCAACUCCACGAUUGGGGAGCCCUACUACUGCACCGCCGAGACCACCAGCGAGAACCUGAAGAAGCGAUCCGCCCCAGCCAAGCGCCUGACUGUCUCCAACUCCACCCCGGCCCAGAACGGCACGGUGAGCGCCAAGGGCGCCGAGGCCGCUGCCACGAUGCUCAAGGGUCUCCACACCCUGGAUGGCAAGCGGGCUUACAUCUGGUUCCAAAUCACCUCCGCCUUCAGUGACGCUGAGACCCAGUACAACAGCAUCACCGACAGCUACGAGCUCGACAUUGACGCGCUCAGCGGCGAGUGGGUCGCCCGUUUCCUGGACCUAGUUGAGGCCGACAACCUGUCAAGCUUGGACAAUGUCACCUACGAUACCCUCCGGGACUGGAUGGAGCUGGGCUGGCGCCGUUAUGGUGACUCCCUGCAGACCACCUACCCUGACCUGAGCGCCUUUGAGGAGGCCGGUGGUAAGAUCAUUCACUACCACGGCGAGUCGGACCCCAGUAUCCCGACCGGAUCUUCGGUCCACUACCACGAGUCCGUUCGCAAGAUCAUGUACCCCGAUCUUACCUACAACCAGAGCACGGACGCCAUGGCCGACUUCUACCGCCUGUACCUGGUUCCCGGCGCCAGCCACUGCGCGACCAACUCCUACGAGCCCGGGCCCUGGCCCCAGGAUAACAUGGCGGUGAUGAUCGACUGGGUCGAGAAGGGAGUGGUGCCCGUUACCUUGAACGCCACCUACCUCUCGGGCGAGGAGAAGGGCAGCAACGCCCAGAUCUGCGCCUGGCCCCUCCGCCCCUUGUGGAAGAACAACGGCACGGUCAUGGAAUGUGUGUACGAUCAGGCCUCGAUUGACACCUGGCAGUAUGACUUCAACGCAUACAGCCUGCCUCUUUACUAG